AUGGACCUGUCAAACUCAAUCAUUAUCUCAAGUUUAGAUGACAACUUGAGAAAAACAUAUAUAGUAUACAUGGGAGAUCUGCCUAGUACUACUACUCAUACCAGCGUCUCUGCGGUGGACGAACACAACAGCCUUCUUUUAGAAGCAAUUGGAGAUGAGAAGAUAGCCAAAGGAUCGAAGAUACACAGCUAUGGAAGGAGCUUUAAUGGGUUUGUGGCAAAGCUAUUGCCACAUGAAGCAACUAGAUUAUCUGAAAAAGAGAGUGUUGUAUCAGUGUUUCCAAACACUGUGCGGGAACUGCACACCACAAGAUCAUGGGAUUUUCUGGGAAUGCCUGAGAAAGUAAGAAGGAUUGAUAAAGUUGAAAGCAAUCUUAUUAUUGGUAUCUUAGAUACAGGAAUUUGGAUAAAGUCACCCAGUUUUAGUGAUGUAGGCUUCGGACCUCCUCCAUCCAAAUGGAAGGGCAAAUGUGCAAAUGGAGCUAACUUCGUUGGAUGCAACAACAAGGUCAUCGGAGCGACAUGCUACAACCUGGACAGCGGCCCGGUAGAUGAUCUGAGUCCAGUAGACAACGACGGCCACGGCACACACACUUCUUCCACUGCUGCCGGCAUACCUGUCAAGGAUGCAAGCUUGUAUGGCAUAGCAGAAGGGACUGCACGCGGAGGAGUCCCUUCUGCUCGUAUUGCAAUGUACAAAGUAUGCUGGAGUGUCGGUUGCACCGACAUGGAUCUCUUAGCUGGCUUUGAUGCUGCUAUUGCCGAUGGGGUCGAUAUUAUAUCGAUCUCUAUAGGUGGAACACCUAGACAAUUCUUUGAAGAUCCUAUCGCCAUUGGAAGCUUCCAUGCAAUGAAGAAUGGAAUCCUCACUUCUUGCUCGGCAGGGAAUUCAGGGCCUGACUUUGCAUCCAUCCAAAAUGUGGCGCCAUGGAUCAUGACAGUGGCUGCAAGUAGCAUCAAUCGACAGUUCAAGACCACUGUUAAAUUGGGUAAUGGACAGAAUGUGUCUGGAAUUUCCAUCAACACAUUCUCACCCAAAAGACAAAUGUAUUCUCUAACAAAUGGAGCCCAUGCAGCAAAUUACAGCGACGAAAUAUAUGGAAAUGUCAGUGCAUGUGAUUGGGGAACUCUGAGCAAGAAUAUGGUAAAGGGAAGGAUCAUCUACUGCCUUGGAACUAGUGGCCAGGAUUCCACCAUCAGAGAUUUAGGUGGGGAAGGAAUCAUCAUGGCAUAUGACAACUCAGACUUAGCCUUCUCCUUUCUUAUUCCAGCAACUAUGAUAACUGUUACUGAAGGAACCAAGAUCGACCAAUAUAUUAACACCACUAAAACAGCCAGAGCUGUUAUAUACAAGUCAACAACUGUUAACAUGACUGCCCCUUUUGUGGCUUCUUUCUCCUCCAGAGGACCCCAGUCUAUCACUCCCAACAUCCUCAAGCCUGAUAUAACUGCACCGGGGCUGAGCAUAUUGGCUGCAUAUUCAGAGUUGGCAUCUAUGACGGGAAACCGAGAUGACAAUCGGUUUGUGAAAUUCAACAUAAUAUCUGGAACAUCAAUGGCUUGCCCUCAUGCUGCAGGCGCUGCUGCCUAUGUCAAGUCCUUCCAUCCAGACUGGUCGCCUGCUGCAAUCAAGUCUUCUCUUAUGACCACCGCAAAAAGAAUGAAGAUCAAGCAGCAGGGUGGUGCGCUAGGCUCUGGCUCAGGCCAAAUAAAUCCAACAAGAGCAAUACAUCCAGGCCUCGUGUAUGACAUUCAGAUGAGUUCCUACCUUAGUUUCCUCUGCAGGGAAGGUUACAACAGCAGCACCAUCCGCCUCCUCACUGGUGGCAAGAAGCUAUACAACUGCUCCAGCUUCAAGCCUGCCCAAGGAACCGAUGGCCUCAACUAUCCCUCCAUGCAUACCCAAGUUGCAAGCGGUAAUUCCAGCGUUUCAGCAGUAUUUUAUCGGACAGUGACUAAUGUAGGAUAUGGCAAUUCAGUCUACGUAGCGAAAGUGAAGUCGUCUAAAGGUCUUGAUGUUACAGUUGUCCCCAAAACUUUGUCGUUUAAGCGGCUGCAUCAGAAGAAAUCGUUCAAGGUUGUGUUGAAAGGAAAAUUUAUGAACGAUAGGGCUUGGAUCUUGUCAGCAGUGUUAGAAUGGAGUGAUUCUAAGCACACGGUUAGGAGUCCUAUCCUUGUGUGUCGGUCAACAACAUUUUAG